AAUUAUCUUAAAUCUGAAUGACGUGUGCCUUGUUCAAAUUUCAACAAUGAAAGCCAAAGUAUAAACUCCCAUCAUUUAUAUACAUGACCGAAACAGACGUUAAAAAAAUUCAGUCACGUAAAGCUAGUAGUUAAUUGCAUUCGAUUUUGUAUUUCAAUUCCCAGCUGCUCUAAAAAAUAUACUAAAACAGAGAAAUGGAUAGUUAAAUAUCACUACUCCUCUUUUAGAUAAAGGAACAAACAUUUCUUCCAUGUCAACAUUCUUGAACAAAGACCACCAAACACCAACAUUACGAAACCAAACUGAAAUGUUUUCCAAACUUAAGCUAUGAAUGUGCUGCUUUUUCCAAGAAAAAAUUCUUCGAAAUGGUGACUGUCCACAAAUUUGACUUAGCUAGCCUGAGAAAAAUUUGCUUCAUCUUCUUCUCCUAAAGAGAAUAGGCUGUGAUUUUGCUUGGGACUUGUUGAGGAGAGAAUGCGUGAAAUUCUGGUUGUGACAUUUCGAGGGAUACUAAUUCCACUUCAAACAAGAAGUAAUAGGUGGUUUGUAAAGUUUGCAUGUGUAUAAUCGUUUAGGAGGAAACUUAUAUAUCUUUUCGUAUAAACUCUCAUCAAUGUCCUAAUUAGAUCAUAGGUUAGCCAAGUACUUAUCCACAUUAAUACAAGUCAUGCUGAGAUGUAAAAAUGCAUAAAAUUUUCCUCAUAAUGAAACAUGAAAAAUGCCUAAUACCAAUCAUCAUAUAUAUACAAUAAUAAAUCAAAGACUCAUUUGCUCUCCACGCCAUCCCUUUUUUCUUAUGCUAUAAUCCACUUCUCUGUAUUAGUUAGUAUUGGGCCUUUUUUAGAAAUGGACAAGAGUUUGUUGUACUAAUUUGAAUGCUUAGAGGUCAUUUUUGUAAAUCACCCCAGUCUAAUCAUAACAAUUUGUACCUAUGGUCGGUGUUUACUCAAGUGUGUAAUUUAUAACGGUUUUUCAUACUUAAAGCCCAAAAAAACAAACUCUGGUACACCUAAUCCUCCCCAUUUGUAAGACGAAAAUAAUUUGUUUUGUAAACUUCAACCAAUGGACUUGAAAGUAUGGAAUGGUUAUAAUACCUAAUCCAUAGAAUCAUCAUUCAUCAACUCCCUUCAUCCUAAUCAUGUAUAAAUAGAUCACAACCCACUCAUAGGUUUGCAUCCAACUCAAAAGAAUCAGAAAUGACAGCCUCCAAUUCCAACGUUUUUCAACUCAAAUCCAUAUUCACAUUCCUUGUCAUUCUAGCUCUCACAAUCACCUCCAAAACCUCAGCACGUAGAAUCCUCGAUGAGGAGCCCAUCGUUGCUACUGACGAGAGUACCCCAACUUCAGGAGUAUCUGCUGUUGCAGGUGCUGGACCUGCAACACAUGCUGACCAUCCUGCUACAGAUGAUCAUAUCUUUUCAUUCUUCAUGCACGACAUUCUUGGAGGUUCAAACCCAUCAGCAAUAGCGGUACCAUCACUAAGCGGACAAGUCCCAUUCGCUAAGCCAAACGGUGCAGUUCUAGCAGUAGAGAAUGGUGUUCCGGUUACCAGCGGAAACAGCGGAAUCAUAAGCAACAACAACAUCCCUUUUCUCACAGGCCUAAGCGGGACAACUCCCAACGUAGUCCAAAACAACAUCAUCGGUGGAGGAAACGGAUACCCUGCCUUAAACAUGGCUCAAUUAGGAUCAGGAAUUACAUUCCAAAAACUCAUGUUCGGUACACUAACUGUAUUCGACGACGAAUUGACACAAGGUCAUGAACUCAACUCAGGUUUAGUUGGAAAAUCUCAAGGAUUUUACGUAUCAAGUUCAGAAGAUGGAACUAGUCAAACAAUGGCAUUUACAGUAAUGUUUCACAGUGGAAGUUAUAGUGAUAGUCUGAGCUUUUUUGGGGUUCACAGAGUUAGAGUUUCAGAAUCACAUCUUGCUAUUAUGGGAGGAACUGGAAAGUACGUAAAUGCUAAGGGAUUUGCUACUGUCAAGACAUUUCCAGCUGCAAAUCAAGAGACAGAUGGUGUACAGACUCUCUUACAUAUUACUGUGUAUCUUGAUUAUUAAUUAACUCCUUGUACAUAAUUUUAUUGUUUUUUUUCAAUGAAUUGUUGUGUUUUCUUCUA